UCGAAGACAUAAACAUAAGUUCAGUGAUCAUUAGAACAAUUAACUCAACAUUUUUUGCAUGCUGGAAGUAAUUAUUUUCCCUUUCGUAAUUCAAGGGUUUUCUUAAAUUUACUGUGGAAAAAUGUCUUGCAAAAAUUUCUAGAGAACCCUUGAAGUAUGUCAAUUGCUAAAGAGUUGGUGCGAUACGUAACUCGAAGUUGAAUGUGCAUCUCCUAACUUGCUUCGACUUAUAUGAUCCAAAAUUAUCAUCCAAAAUUUUAUGAUCUCGAAACUCAUCUGUCCUCUAAAUGAGUUUACUUUUGUCUUUUUUUCUCGAUGAACAGCUUAAAGAUGAAAUAUUCCCUUGAAGGCUUUGGCAGUGGCAAGUGCUAUUAAUGGCAUUGAUGACAGGAAGAUUUAUGUUUGGUUCACAUAAUCUCUAGAAGUUCUUUUCACUAGAAUUUCCUGAAAAUAAUGGUCAAGUAUUUCUUUCCUCUGUUAUGUACACUAACAAUAUGACUUUGAAACAUAUGGUUCUGCGGACGAAAUGUUGGUUUACUCCUCUGGGAUGUAGAAGAGAACAGUUUUCAUUGUAGCGGUUAGUACAUGAUUGGGUUGCUACUCUCUUAUUAGGAAAAUUGCCUUUACUUGUAAUUAACUGGAGUUGUCAUGCUUGAGUUUUAUCUUAAACGAUGUAGAUGCACAAGGUGUUGAUCCCAUACUUCCUUGCACUGUGUGUCACGCCUAGUACUCAUACCCUCGAAGGCACAUUGUUGGUAAGUUGGCCCUGUCUUAUCCUUAUUGUUAUUUCCUUUACCCGCUUUCACCAAAUUUCUUCUAAACUGGUUCAGGAAAUGGUGAUCUCUAACAAACAUAGAAGUGCGAAUACACAAUUCGUCAUUCUUGGUUUCAGAUUCUUCUUAUCCGUAACAUCACUUUUGCUCGUCUUCGCUGGACGAGACUUAAAUUUUGACCGUUCGACUUACAUUUCCCGUACUUCCAUAUUUUACCUUCUAUCAGCCUUUCCCGUCCCUUCUUCACUCUCUCCCUUCUCUCUCCAAGCUCGAUUUUCUAUUGCACUACGACGCCUCACAUUACCAAAUGGGAUUCUCUAUUCUGAAGACACCACUCGUUAUCAAGUCGGGAGGCUGAAAACUGAAUAGUUGAU